AUGUCAAAAAUGAAGAUGGCCGACGGUUCUACAAUUUUGCGAAGAAAUAGACCUGGUGUUAAAGCUAAAGACUUCAGUCGUUGGCCAGAUGAACCUUUCGAAGAAAUGGAUAGCACACUUGCUGUUCAACAGUAUAUCCAACAGCUCAUUCGUAAAGAUCCCAAUAAUAUUGACUUGAUAUUGAAAAUGCCUGAUUCCCAAGAUGAGGGUGUUUGGAAAUAUGAACAUUUAAGACAGUUUUGUAUGGAACUAAAUGGACUUGCAGUCAGGUUGCAAGGAGAAUGUCAUCCUGAAACAUGCACACAAAUGACAGCUACUGAGCAAUGGAUUUUCCUUUGUGCUGCACACAAAACUCCAAAAGAAUGUCCUGCUAUUGACUACACCAGACACACUCUGGAUGGGGCUGCUUGCCUUCUAAACAGCAAUAAAUAUUUUCCCAGCAGGGUCAGCAUCAAGGAAUCAUCAGUAGCCAAAUUAGGUUCAGUAUGUAGACGUGUAUAUAGAAUUUUCUCUCAUGCCUACUUCCAUCAUAGGUCCAUUUUUGACGAGUUUGAAAUGGAGACAUGUUUAUGUAAAAGAUUUACACAGUUUGUAACAAAAUACAAUCUAAUGUCCAAAGACAAUCUUAUUGUACCUAUUUUAGAGGAAGAAAACACAUCUGGUGAAUCAGAGGCAUAA